GUGAAAGCUUUAAAUACCGAUUUAACAGAUUCCAUUUCUAAGCCACAAGGACCUAUACUACUCUAUUCAGGACUUCAGCCUUUCAACUGCUUUCUCAGAAUCUAGUUUAAAGUCUAUGGUCCAAAAUGAAGGGGCUAUGUCCUGUAGUUCUUUUAGUUGUAUUUGCUGAUAUAGCAUUCACAGCACCAGCUCACACUGAAGAUCUAUUUCAUGUUUCUGAUUUGGAAAUGGAUUUUGGUACAGAAACAAGUUACGAAUAUCAGGAUGAGCCACAGGAAAUAAAGCAAGUAAAGCCAGAAGAAAGGGCCACUCCAGUUGUUGCUGCUAAUGUGAACAGCGAACUCGAAACCACAAAUCCAGAGGAAGAUUCAAAUUCUGAGGUCCCCGAUGCUGAAAUGCCAACUUGCCUUCUGUGCGUCUGUCUAAUUGGUUCUGUGUACUGUGAAGAAACCGACAUUGAAUCAAUUCCUGUUUUGCCAAAGGAAACAGGAUACCUCUAUGCACGUUUCAACGAGAUAAAAAAGGUCACUGUAAACAAUUUUGCUGAUAUUACAUCUCUGAGAACAAUCGACCUGACUGGAAACAUGAUCUCAGAGAUAGAAGAUAAAGCCUUUUCACAGCUUCCAGAUCUUGAAGUGCUUAUCCUUUCUGAAAACAAUCUGCUCCGUCUUCCUACUUUACCACCAAAGCUGACAAUUCUUAAUGCAGAAUACAAUCGUAUUAAAAGCAAUGGAAUAAAAAAAAACGCUUUUAAGAACCUGCCGGCCUUUCAAUAUCUCUACCUUGGACAUAAUCAACUGGACAAAGUACCUGUGAACAUACCUGACACCCUUCGCAUCCUUCACUUACAGCACAACAACAUAACUACUAUUUCGGACGACACAUUCUGCAAACCUCAUGAUUCCAGGUAUAUCCGUUACAUCCUGGAUGAGAUUCGGCUAGAAGGCAACCCGAUCAAUCUGGCAGAAUAUCCCAACAGUUACAUCUGCUUACCACGACUCCCCAUUGGAAGACUCCGGUAGUCAUAAAGGGAAAUGUAAAGCAACACGUAAGAACAGCUAAAUGCUUACGAUAAAACACUGCCUUUUUGGAUAUAUUCUCAUUCAUUGUUAACCCUAUAUCCAUUAUUAUACUGAUACUACACCGAUGUAUGCACACUGGUUUACCUACAGGGCAGCCUACACCCAAAUUACAUGUCAUAUUAUUGACAGAAAUUCAUGUCUAAAUUAGCUGAGGAAAUGACAAUACCUUCAGAUACAAUCUGCAUUAUAAGUCGCCACCUAUAUCAAUUCACAUUAAUUAUACUAUUAAAAUAGAUUCAUUUAAAAUAUCAGACAAUUAAAUGAUAUGCUGGGCUGCAGUUUCACACCAUAAUUUGAUAUAAGUCCCAUAUCAUAAUAUUUCAAACUGCAAGCACAUACUGAAUGAACUAAUUAAAUAUGGUGUGCAUUUAUAUUUUAGAAAAAUGUUAGUAUCUUACUGUGCCUAAUACUUAAUACUUUACUUAAUUUUGUAGUUUAACAUGAAUUGAUUUCAAAAUAAAGUGCUUUUGA